GGUCUUUACAGCUGCUUGGAUAAUGAUGGAGAUGUGGCAGCUGAGCUUUUCCCUUGUCUUGAACACAGCAUUAUGGACAGUGGCGGUACCCAUUCUAUGCAGUUCAAUGAUGGGUUUGAUCUGGACAUGGAAACUAUGCCUCCAGACCCACCUUGGGAUCCUUUGCAAGAAUCUCUGUUCCCAGAGCUGCAGGUAAAGUCUGAGCCAGUCUCCCCUGCCUCAUCGCACUGCUCUGAUUCAUCCGUGGGCUCCUCCGAUUCAUCUGCUGCGUGCUCCUCUUCUGCAGAACUCUCAGAGCAGGUCCCUGGACCAGCUGAUGUGAUUGGAGUGAAGACGGAGCAUCCCCCAACCCCUCCGUGUAUGUUUGGAGAUGUCCUUUUACCUCCCUUUGGAACUGUACACAUAAAUGUAGUCCCAACUUCUGAAACAGGGAAACCAGGGGCUCCCAAUAAAGCGGAGAGCAUUCUGAGUCGGAAACCCCCCAUUCAGCCAAAGCCGGUUGUGGUGACCACUGUCCCAGGACAGCCAGCAACCACUUCCAGUAAGACCAUCUUGUUGCAGCCUGUGCCUGUGACCCAGUCACAGACCACCAACCCUGGAAUCUCAGUUCCAGCACAAAGUGUUGUGAUUUCCCAGUCUGAGCUGCUGCAUCUCCCCGUGUCUGGUUUGAUCAAGGUUCAGUCCCCUGUGAAGGAAGUUCUCCCACCUAAGCCAGCCCCCUCAGUCCCCAAGCCGGAGGCUAAAGCGAUCAUCCCUGCACCGACACAGAUAGGACCCUGCAACCAGGAGAUUGAUAUCAAGGUCCUGAAAAGGCAGCAGCGGAUGAUAAAGAACCGUGAAUCAGCAUGUCAGUCCCGCCGAAAAAAGAAGGAAUAUCUCCAAGGAUUGGAAUCCCGGCUGCGAGAGGCCCUGGCGGAGAACGAACGGCUGCGACGGGAGAAUGCUGCCCUUCGGCGCCGGCUAGAUGGUGUCCUGGACGAGAACAGCGAGCUGAAGUUUGGCUCCGGGAACCGAAAAGUUAUCUGUGUCAUGGUUGUGCUGCUCUUCAUAGCCUUCAAUUUUGGGCCUGUCAGCAUUACCGAACACAAGGCUGCAGAUGUGUCUCAGCCCAAGCAGGAACUGGAGUCUGGCCCAGGCCAGAGGCAUCUUCUAACCAUUACACAAGAAGCUGUUGAAGUGCCAGAGGAGGAGCAGGAGGAACAGCAAGAGGAGACCCUGGCAAGGCCAGGCAAGGCCCAAUUCCGGAACCUGUCAGCUCCCUUCUCAGAUAUGAAGGACCUCAUGUUGAGGGACCUGGAUGAGCUGUUCCUCGCUUCAGAUUGCCGUCAAUUCAAUCGCACUGAAUCGCUCCGGUUGGCAGAUGAGCUCAGCGGCUGGGUCCGACGACACCAGAUCAACCGGAGGAAACCCUUGCAAACUCGCAAAGCAGCUAAGGGCAGCCAGGACAAGCCACAAAGGAAGCCUCCAAGCCCUUCCCGCUAUGUUCCAGCCAGCCCCCCCAAAUACCCUGAGAGGGAUUCUCUGAGUCAGUUACAGGUGUACCAGCAUCCUGACCAUACAGAGCACGACUUCAUGGAUGCCAUUGACCGCCGAGAGGAUACUUUUUACGUUGUGUCCUUCCGCAGGGAUCACUUGCUGCUGCCUGCCAUCAGCCACAACAAGACCUCCCGCCCUAAAAUGUCCCUGGUGAUGCCCGCCAUGGCUCUGAAUGAGAGCCUCUACGGCUCCUCCCUGGGCUACGAAGUCAUGAUGCAGGUCGACUGUGAGGUCAUGGACACCCGCGUCAUCCACAUCAAGAGCUCCACGGUGCCCCCCUUCCUGAGACGCCAAGGCACCACUUCUGACAACCGCACCCAGCCGUCCCCGCCUGCCUUUUCUGGAAGGACCCCCCGUACAACUUUGCGCUCCCAUCGCCCCACUUUGCCCUCAGCCCGGCGGCAUUCCCAUCGCACUCUCUACCUCGGGGAACACGGAGGGGGCUAGGUGAAGGAGUUCUGGAAAGGACAUUCUUCCAACUAGGGACUUGCAUGCCCCGCUCCUUGGUGCACCCCUGCCCGAGUGACGGAUGGAUGCGCCACUGCUGGUGGCCAGCCCCUGUUCUAGGGGCUGGUUGGGCAGAUCUCUUCGGGGGCCUUUUCUCUCUCCCCCGCCCCCCAAGCCUCUUUCUCAAGAGGUUCCUUGGCCCAGGCCGCUGCUGCUUCCGAGAAGGCUCAAAAGAAUUUGUCCCGCAAGGAGGGGGCUCUGGGUGCCGCUGCUGGCUUCCUGCCAGCCCAAGGGAUGCCUGGGCCCGAGCAUCGCCCCAAAGAAACCUCUUGCUGAUCGGUGCUGCCUCCUGGGGGGGGCGAGAAAGAGUCGGGUGAAUUAAGGGACGGACACGAGAGGUGUCUUCAACUGCUGUCUGCGAGCUAGAGUGUGUGAGGGUGGAAGAAGGAUGAGUGUUCUCUUUUUUUACAAAGGGAGAGAGCGAACGAUGAGAGUGAGUUAGUGAGCGUGUUGAAGUGUGUAUGUUGUCCUCUUCAAAUUGCUCUGGUGGCACUUAGGCCUGCUCUUCUGGGUCUUUUUUGUGUUUGUAUUUUCCCUAAUUGUGUUUUUUUUAAAUAAAUAAUA